AUGUACAGAGCGGCCGCCUCGCCGCUCCGCCACAGCCUAUGCCGCCUCUCCUCCUCCCGCUCCGCGGCUACCCCGCUCGCUGGGGCCGCCCGCUUCCUCGCGCCCUUCGACUCCGAGCGUCGGCUCACCUCGUCUCGCCUCUUCGGGUCGGCGGCGGCCGGGCCGUGCCGGUGCUGCUCAGGCGCCGUGAUCACCGAGCGGCCUGCGUCUGCGUGGCGCGGACUCGCCACCAUGGGUAAUGCUCCUCAGUACCCUCUUUUCUCGCAACUAAAAAAAGCUGAUGGUAAUAGCCGCUUUGGGCAUGUCCUGAUAAGCCUCCCAAAGCCCGGUGGUGGAGAGUACGGGAAGUACUACAGCUUACCAGCCCUGAAUGAUCCUAGGAUAGAAAGAUUGCCAUACUCUAUCCGGUAUCUACUGGAGUCAGCCAUCCGCAACUGUGACGGUAAAAAUAUCAUUGACUGGGAGAAUACCGCUCCCAAGCUAGUGGAGAUACCAUUCAAGCCCGCCCGUGUGCUUCUGCAGGAUUUUACCGGUGUCCCAGCUAUUGUAGAUCUUGCAAGCAUGCGCGAUGCUAUGGCCCGACUGGGUGAUUAUCCUGGCAAGAUUGAUCCCAUGAUUCCAGUGGAUCUAGUCAUUGAUCAUUCGGUACAAGCUGAUGUGGUAAAAUCAGAGAAUGCCCUCCAAGCUAAUAUGCAACGCGAAUUCGACAGGAACAAGGAGCGCUUUGCCUUCCUUCGGUGGGGCUCUAUGGCAUUCAAUAAUAUGCUUAUUGUUCCACCAGGUUCAGGAAUUGUUCACCAGGUGAAUCUUGAAUAUCUUGGACGAGUUGUUUUCAAUACCGAUGGCAUUUUAUAUCUUGACAGCGUGCUGGGAACGGAUUCUCACACUACCAUGAUUGAUGGAAUGGGGGUUGCCGGCUGGGGCGUUGGGGGAAUUGAAGCAGAAGCAACAAUGCUUGGUCAGCCAAUGAGCAUGGUCUUGCCCAGUGUAGUUGGAUUUAAACUGUCAGGGAAAUUGCGUGAUGGUGUUACUGCAACUGACCUAGUCCUGACAGUGAUACAUAUUCUUAGGAAGCAUGGUGUUGUUGGCAAAUUUGUUGAGUUUUAUGGUGAGGGGAUGAGUGAGUUAGCAGUUGCUAACAGGGCAACAAUUGCUAACAUGUCACCAGAAUACGGUGCAACAAUGGGCUUCUUCCCUGUUGAUCAUGUGACGCUUGGAUACCUGAAGCUGACAGGGAGAAGUGAUGAAAAGGUUGAGAUGGUGGAGGCAUAUCUUCGAGCUAACAACAUGUUUGUUGAUUACAACGAGACUCAAACAGAAAGAGUUUACUCGUCUUACCUAGAGUUAGAUCUAGCAGAUGUUGAACCAUGUGUUUCAGGCCCGAAAAGACCUCAUGACCGCAUUGCUCUGAAAGAUAUGAAAGCAGACUGGUGUGCCUGUCUCGCUAAUAAAAUUGGUUUUAAGGGCUUUGGCAUACCUAAAGAGCAGAAGGAUAAAUUAGUCAAGUUCACCUUUCAUGGACAACCUGCAGAGGUUAGACACGGUAGCAUUGUGAUUGCUGCCAUAACAAGUUGCACAAACACCUCAAAUCCAAGCGUUAUGCUUGGUGCUGGCCUUGUUGCAAAGAAGGCGUGUGAACUUGGCCUUGAGGUUAAUCCAUGCAUUAAAACUAGUCUUUCGCCAGGAUCCGGGGCAGUGACCAAAUAUCUGCUGAAAAGUGGCUUGCAAAAGUAUUUAGAUCAUCUAGGUUUCAACUUAAUUGGAUAUGGUUGCACAACAUGCAUUGGUAACUCUGGGCAGCUUGAUGAAGAUGUUGCUAAGGCAGUUACUGACAACGAUAUCAUUGCUGCUGCAGUACUCUCUGGUAACAGGAACUUUGAAGGGCGAAUUCAUGCAUUGGUUGAUAUUGAUUUUGAGACUGAACCAAUUGGGAAAGGAAAAGAUGGAAAAGAUGUGUACUUCAAGGACAUAUGGCCAUCAAAUGAAGAAAUUGCAGAGGUUGAGCAAUCAAGUGUGCUGCCUGACAUGUUCAGGAGCACCUAUGAAGCAAUCACACAAGGCAACCCAAUGUGGAACCAGCUGUCAGUUCCCAAGGCAAAGCGCUUCCCAUGGGACCCCAGUUCCACCUACAUUCAUGAUCCUCCAUUCUUCAAGGAUAUUACACCGACUCCGCCAGGUCCACGCAGCAUAGAGAAUGCCUAUUGCCUGCUGAAGUUUGGUGACAGCAUCACGACUGACCACAUCUCACCAGCUGGGAGCAUCCCCAGGGACAGCCCUGCUGGCAAGUACCUGCUUGAGCGCGGUGUGCAGCCAAAGAAUUUCAAUUCUUAUGGAAGCCGUCGGGGCAACGACGAAGUGAUGGCACGAGGAACCUUUGCAAAUAUCAGGAUUGUGAAUAGGCUGUUAAAUGGAGAAGUUGGACCGAAGACGAUUCACGUCCCUACAAGUGAGAAGCUCUUUGUGUUUGAUGCUGCAGUGAGAUACAAAGCUGAUGGGCAUCACACCAUAGUGUUGGCUGGAGAGGAAUACGGCAGUGGAAGUUCUCGGGAUUGGGCUGCCAAGGGACCAAUGUUACUGGGGGUCAAAGCAGUGAUCGCCAAGAGUUUUGAGAGGAUCCACCGCAGCAACCUCGUGGGAAUGGGAGUGUUACCGCUGUGCUUCAAGCCUGGUGAGGAUGUUGAUUCUCUGGGGCUCACCGGUCAUGAGCGCUACACGAUAAGGCUCCCUACCAAUGUGAGUGAGAUACAGCCGGGCCAAGAUGUCCAAGUGGUCACUGACACUGGAAAGUCAUUCACCUGCAAGCUCCGGAUUGAUACCAUGGUGGAGCUGGCUUACUUUGAUCAUGGCGGGAUCCUUCACUACGUUCUGAGGAACCUGCAGCACCCGCACCCGCACCCGCACCCGCACCCGCACCUGCUCCGCUGCUUCGCCGUCGCUGCUCACCUCGCUGUAGUACGCGGCGCCGGCUCCGGCGCCGCGCGCGCCAUCCUUGCGCGCGCAGUCCGCUUCCCCUCCCCUCAUAGGCAUUUCGUCGAGCACUACAUCUCCACCUACAAGGCUUUCUCCUCGGACCCCGCCUCCUUCGACCUCCUCCUCUUGUGCCUCCCCUCCGCGCCCCUACUGCGCCGCCUCCGCCAGUACGGCAUCUCCCCGUCCCCGGAGGCCUGCAACGCCGUGCUCUCCCGCCUCCCUCUUGAUGAAGCCAUCGAGUUGUUUCAAGAACUCCCGGACAAGAACGUUUGCUCCUACAAUAUACUACUCAAGGCGCUCUGUGGUGCUGGCCGCGUGAAGGAUGCACGCCAGCUGUUCGAUGAAAUGGCUUCACCGCCCGAUGUUGUCACGUAUGGGAUUCUUAUCCAUGGAUACUGUGCUCUUGGUGAGCUGGAGAAUGCGGUGAAGCUGUUGGGUGACAUGGUGGCAAGAGGGGUGGAGCCAAAUGCAACUGUGUAUACUAGUGUUGUUGCAUUAUUGUGUGACAAAGGGUGGGUUUCAGAUGCUUUGAGAGUUGUGGAGGAUAUGUUCCAGCAUAAGGUGAAAGAGGCAGAGAAAGUGCUUCAGGAAAUGUUGGCCAGGCGGUUGGAUGUUGAUGAAGUAACAUACACUGUGCUUAUUGAUGGGUACUGCAAGAGAGGGAAGAUGGCGGAGGCCUUUCAGGUGCAUAAUGCAAUGGUUCAGAGAGGAGUGACUCCAAAUGUAGUGACAUAUACAGCUUUGUCAGAUGGACUAUGCAAGCAAGGGGAUGUCCAGGCCGCUAAUGAGCUAUUGCAUGAGAUGUCUAACAAGGGGCUUGAGUUUAAUGCUUGCACAUACAACUCCCUGAUCAAUGGCCUAUGCAAGGCAGGCUAUCUGGAGCAGGCCAUGAGGACUAUGGCAGACAUGGAUGCAGCGGAUCUUAAACCGGAUAUUUACACCUAUACAACUCUUAUUGAUGCACUCUGCAAGUCAGGGGAGCUUGACAGGGCUCACGACCUCUUGCAAGAGAUGUUAGAUAAAGGAAUUAAGCCUACUAUAGUGACUUACAAUGUUUUGAUGAAUGGUUUUUGCAUGUCAGGUAGGGUAGAAGGAGGAAAGAAGCUGCUUGAGUGGAUGCUGGAGAAGAACAUCUAUCCAAAUGCUGCAACUUACAAUUCUCUUAUGAAGCAGUACUGCAUUGGCAAUAACAUGAAAUCUACCACUGAGAUCUAUAAGGGGACGUGUUCUCGGAAUGUGGAGCCAAAUGAGAAUACAUACAAUAUAUUGGUCAAGGGGCACUGCAAGGCAAGGAAUAUGAAAGAGGCACUAUAUUUCCACUACGAAAUGAUAGAGAAGGGUUUCAGACUUACUGCAACCUCAUACAGUGCUCUUAUAAGAUUGCUGAAUAAAAAGAAGAGAUUUGUUGACGCAAGAAAACUAUUUGAUGAUAUGAGGAAGGAAGGCUCUCCACUGCCGAAACACCAAAAGCCCAACCCAAACCCUAAGUCCCCGAAAUCUCCCCGCGAAAGGCAGCGUCGGACGCCCCCGCCGGAAGGCGCGCCCUGCGCUCUCGACGCCGACACCGGACAAGUCCCCGAAGGGCGGCGUCGACCUCUUCGCCCCACCUCGACGUCCUGCUCCCACCCGGACCUCUUCACCACCUCCUCCUGCUCCGGCCGCGUCUCCGUCCUCGCGCAGCCUCCGCCGCCGCAUGAGGGCCGGGGCGAGGGCGCCGCCAAGCCGAAGAAGAAGGCGCGGGGCGGCGGGUGGGUAUACGUAUCUCACGACCCCGCCGACCCGGACACCGUGGUGGAGCAGCUGUUCGGCGGGAGCGGGUCCGGAGGGGCGGGGGACGAGCUGGUGUUCAGGUUCGAGCCGAUGAUCGUGGCGGUGGAGUGCAGGGACGCCGCCGCAGCUGCGGCGCUCGUCGCGGCCGCGAUCGGUGCGGGGUUCCGGGAAUCAGGUAUCACAAGCUUGCAGAAACGUGCAAUGGUAGCAAUAAGAUGCUCAAUUCGCAUGGAAGUGCCACUGGGGCAGAUUGACGAACUUGUUGUUUCUCCGGAGUACGUCCGAUACCUUGUUAGAAUUGCCAACAGUAAAAUGGAGGCAAAUAAAAGGCGAAUGGAUGGAUUUCUGGAUCUCUUGCAGACUAAGGGUUUGUCAUACUCAUCGGGGUUGUCAAACAACUGUAAUGAAAGUGGUGGUCAGUCUGUUGAUUAUGAGGCUUCCGUGGGUCCUGAAGUUAAGAUACCAUUAGAUAAAUGUGCCAAAACAAAUGAUGAGUACUUAGUUACAAAAAGGAGAAACGGUGGACGUAGUUGUGAUGAUGAUGAUACAGGUUCAAUAGAAGCACAGUAUUUUGGAAAUCAAGACUCUUCAUGGAGCGAGGGUGUCAAGCAUGGUUUUGGUAAUGCUAAACGAUUAUUAACGCUGGAGAAGUUGUCACAAAACAAAAAUCAUCUCUCUACCACAACAUUGAAGAUUAGUGGUGAACCAAUUGAGAAGCUUUUCUUAUGGGGCCAAGCCUCUUGUGUGUUUACUGUUGGAGAAGAGCAGCAGGUCCUAACUUUUGGUGGUUUUGGAGGACCAGGAAGACAUGCAAGGAGAAACUAUUCCCUUCUGCUCAAUCACAAAUCUGGUUUGUUGACAGAAAUGAUCUUCAAAGCAUCUCCUUCACCACGGAUGGGGCAUACAGUUACUUCAGUUGGUAAUAGCACUUAUCUAAUUGGAGGUAGAGGUGGCCCUUCAGAAAUUCUUGAUGAUGUCUGGGUUUUGCAAAGCACUGGGAAUACGUGGUCAAAAGCGGAGUGCUGUGGAGAUCUGUUCCAACCAAGGCACCGACAUGCAGCUGCUGCAGUAGCUUCAAAAAUUUAUGUAUUUGGCGGACUCAGUAAUGAAGGCAUAUAUUCUUGUAUGAAUGUAUUGGACACAAAAAAUAUGCAAUGGAGUGUGCUUACUGCUUCAGGCGAAUGGCCAUGUGCUCGACAUUCACAUUCUAUGGUGUCGUAUGGUACAAAUCUAUUCAUGUUCGGAGGUCAUGAUGGCCAACGGGCACUGAAGGACUUCUACAGUUUUGAUACAACAACACUCAGGUGGAACAAGGAAAACACAAAUGGGGGAUCUCCAUCACCUAGGUUUUCACAGUGCAUGUUCAUCUACAAAAAUUAUCUUGGGAUACUUGGUGGCUGCCCUAUUACAGAAAACAACCCAGAAGUUACAUUGCUGAACUUAAAGCAUCGAGUCUGGUUUUGUGUUUCCGUUCCAUUGCUGAGCCAGUCCCUCUGUGUCCAUAGUUCAUCGGUUGUAAUUAAAGAUGAUCUUGUUAUUUUAGGUGGCGGUGCAUCUUGUUAUGCAUUUGGAACGAAAUUCAGUCAGCCAAUAAUUCUUGAUCUGCAUUCAGUGGAGUCUAUGUUUAAAUAUGUUAGGAACAAAGAUGGCACAGUUCAAAAUCGUGAUGCAAUAUCUGCUGUUGACUUGACAAGAGAUGAGCAAAAUGGCAUCUCUGAUCAUGACACAAAAUCACAAGAUGCUUGUUCUGGUGAUUUGAUGGAUUCAAGCCCUCUGGUUCUUCAACUGGAAAAGACGUAUGCCAAAUUAGCAAAGGACAUUCUGAAAAAGUUUGAAUGGUUGGACCUUUCUAGAAAAGUUCGAGUGAGUCAUGAUAAUGGCCACGUUCUUUUUCCUAUUAAUGAAGCUUUCCGUGUCCUAAAUGCUGAAGAGCAUAUCAAGAUGACACAUGAUGAUUCAUGUACCUUUGGGGAAUCAUUAGUGUUUACUGAAAAGAAACUUGUAGGAGACAAUCUAUCUCUUCAGGAUGCAUUAAAAAUUUUGUCAUCUUGCAAUAGUUCCUUUAUGAAAGAUGAACUAGCCAUCAGCCGAAAGCCUUCCAAGUCUCCUCAAACCAUCAUGAAAGAACUUGUAUCUUCUCUACUGGAAAGUAAAGGGAUGCCCCCUCAGUUGUUGGAGCAGCUUCCAGCUAGGUGGGAGACACUUGGUGAUAUCGUCAUACUUCCGAAGACAUGUUUUAAGAAUCCAUUGUGGGAAUCAGUUAGCGAGGAACUUUGGCCACUAGUUGCCAAGUCACUUGGUGCACAACGUCUUGCACGCCAAGGUAAAAUCAUGCCAAAUGGUACAAGAGAUAGUACACUGGAACUUCUUCUGGGUGAUAAUGGAUGGGUUACCCAUUAUGAAAACGGCAUGUGCUAUUCACUUGAUGCAACAAAAUGCAUGUUUUCUUCUGGUAAUCGUUCAGAGAAACUUCGCAUGGGACAGCUAAACUGCAGAGAUGAGGUGGUCGUGGAUUUGUUUGCUGGAAUUGGAUACUUUGUUCUUCCGUUUCUUGUGAAGGCUAAUGCCAAGCUACUUUAUGCAUGUGAAUGGAAUCCAAAUGCUCUGGAGGCUCUUCGGCGCAAUGUUAGUGACAACAGUGUGGAGGAUCGAUGUAUUAUACUUGAAGGAGAUAACCGGGUGACUGCACCCAAAGGUGUUGCUGAUCGAGUCUGUCUUGGAUUGUUACCCUCAAGUGAAUAUAGCUGGGUCACUGCUGUUGAAGCUUUAAGGGUUGGCGGGGGCGUAUUGCAUAUACACGGGAAUGUCAAUGACUCUGAUGAGACACGCUGGUUGGACAAUGUUGUUGAAUCCAUCAGUAAUAUCGCCAAAAACCACGGACUAUCCUGGAACGUGUCAGUAGAGCAUGUUGAACGUGUCAAAUGUCCCAAGUGUAUUCCAUUGCUCCUAGUCAUCAUGGAGCCUCUGUUGUGA